AUGGCACCGUGGGAAGAAGGAAAAGCCAGGUGCAGUGGCCACGCCCACAAACUACACUCAGUAGUCACGCCCACUGAUUAGAAUGGCCACGCCCACAGGGGUAUAUAAAGGCAGAAAUAGUCAUUUUAUUUAUUGCCGUCUCAUUUUUUUCACUUUUACCUAUUUUUACCUGUUUCACCUAUUUUUACCUGUUUUACCUAUUUUUACCUGUUUUACCUAUUUUUACCUGUUUUACCUAUUUUUACCUGUUUUACCUAUUUUUACCUGUUUUACCUAUUUUUACCUGUUUUACCUAUUUUUACCUGUUUUACCUAUUUUUACCUGUUUUACCUAUUUUUACCUAUUUUUACCUGUUUUACCUAUUUUUACCUGUUUUACCUAUUUUUACCUGUUUUACCUAUUUUUACCUGUUUUACCUAUUUUUACCUGUUUUACCUAUUUUUACGUUUUUUAAUUUUUACCUAUUUUAAUCUUUACCUAUUUUAAUCUUUACCUAUUUUAAUUUUUACCUAUUUUAAUAUUUUAAUUUUUACGUAUUUUAAUUUUUACGUAUUUUAAUUUUUACCUAUUUUAAUUUUUACCUAUUUUAAUUUUUACCUAUUUUAAUUUUUACCUAUUUUAAUUUUUACCUAUUUUAAUUUUCAAAUAUUUUUAAUUUUUCAAAUAUUUUUUUAUUUUUUUACAUAUUUUCAUUUUUUUACCUAUUUUUUUAUCUAUUUUUCACCUAUUUUUCAUAUUUACCCUAUUUUUUUACCUGUUUUUCAUUUUUUUACCUAUUUUUCAAUUUUACCUAUUUUUCAUUUUUUUACCUAUUUUUCAUUUUUUUACCUAUUUUUCAUUUUUUUACUUAUUUUUCAUUUUUUUACCUAUUUUUCAUUUUUUUACCUAUUUUUCAUUUUUUUACCUAUUUUUCAUUUUUUUACGUAUUUUUAAUUUUUUUACGUAUUUUUAAUUUUUUUACCUAUUUUUCAAUUUUACCUAUUUUUCAUUUUUUUACCUAUUUUUAAUAUUUUUCAUUUUUACGUAUUGUAAUUUUUACCUAUUUUAAUUUUUUUACGUAUUUCAAUUUUUACGUAUUUUUCAUUUUUUUACCUAUUUUUCAUUUUUCAAAUAUUUUUCAUUUUUUUACCUAUUUUUCAUUUUUUUACAUAUUUUUCAUUUUUUUACCUAUUUUUUUACCUAUUUUUCAUAUUUACCCUAUUUUUUUACCUAUUUUUCAUUUUUUUACCUAUUUUUAAUUUUUUUACCUAUUUUUAAUUUUUUUACCUAUUUUUAAUUUUUUUACCUAUUUUUAAUUUUUUUACAUAUUUUAAUUUUUACCUAUUUUAAUUUUUACCUAUUUUAAUAGUUUCAUUUUUACGUAUUUUAAUUUUUACCUAUUUUAAUUUUCAAAUAUUUUAAUUUUUUACCUAUUUUCAUUUUUACAUAUUUACAUUUUUACCUAUUUUUUACUUAUUUUCCUUUUUACCUAUUUUCAUAUUUACCCUAUUUUUACCUAUUUUCAUUUUUACCCAUUUUUUUACCACAUCAAGCUGGAGUACUCCGCCAGGUGGGGAAAUGACGUGGAAGCCAUCAGUAGGCUCACUUCUUCGUUCUACGUAAAAAUUGCGGAAAAGCUUCGCGAAAAGAAACUCUGUGCCGUCCCCAUCAUCAAUCAGCUCUUCGUGCUUCAAUCCGGAAUCGUUUUCAAGAUCGUCGUCGUGCACGAUCGUAUUCUGACGCUCCUGGAAGAGGUGGUAGAGACGUUGAAUGAUUCUGGAGCCGCGCGCAUCGAAAGCUCCCUUCAGGGAAUCCGGCUGACGGCGUGGAAAAAGAAUUUUAUCGCCGAGCCGUUCCUGCAGCGAACGCUUCAGUCCUUCUCGACGAGCUACAAGUUCUUCGGAAGCACUGUUCAGCUUGUCAAAAAGUAAGCAAAAAUGACAAAUAUUUUCAGGACAUUCCGCAACCGCUUCUAAUUCCAGGUGGAUCGGCUGGAGACUGCUUUCCGGACACUUCAACGAUUAUAUUAUUGAGCUGCUCGUGGUCGCCGCUAUUAAGAAAACAGGAACUGUGGAGCCACAGUAAGACCAGCACAAGAUUCUUCCAUUUUUCAUCUGCAGUAAUCUUUCAAAUCGGUCUGGUCGGCAUUCGCCCGUGUCCUUCACCUCAUUUCCACUCAGCCACAAUGUGGGCAAUUACGACGCCGUCAUCGAGUUGGAUCCCUCGGCAGUCGUCCGAAAGACGCCGAUUCUGGAGAGACGACCGGCAAAGUUUCAGAAGUCGAGCUGGAUCCGAUCGAUGAACUCGUCUACCACAACAAGUUUCAUCAGGUAAUGCCUUGACAUCGGAAUUUAAACGAAAAUGAAAUGUUUCAGGUAG